AGUUACAAUAGUGCGUCGCUGAAUUCCUGGGUUGUGCGCGGCAGGCACUUUGCUGCGUGUAAUUUUACUACGGAGGCCAAAUUUGACAAGCCAUGGAUUAUGUCGAAGAUUCGGGGGCCAUGGUGACGGCCGACCAGGUACCGGAGGUGGAGCGACGCCCGCUGACGGCGCCCGCCAAUCAGGUGCUCAUCAAGACCUACAAGCGGCGCUGGUACAUUCUGGCCGUCUACUCAGCGCUCGGCUUCAUGCAGUGCGCCAUCUGGAACACGUGGGGCCCGAUCACAGAGGCGGCGCUGGUGGCAUUCCCCGGCUGGGGAGAGCUGACCAUCUCCGUCCUCACCAACGUGGCACUCAUCGGCUUCAUCGUGUUCAUGGCGCCCUACUGCUGGCUGCUCGACAAAAAAGGCGUCCGCCCGGCCGUGGUGCUGAUGGCCGCCUGUUUGGCGGUGGGCACCGCUCUGCGCUGCGUCACACUACACCAGCCCUUCUUCAACAUAUUCGCGUUCAUCGCGGCGGUGUUGACGGGCGUGGCCGGUAUAAUGGCGAUGGCGGCGCCGCCCUACAUCUCGGCCAUGUGGUUCGCGCCCCACCAGCGCACCACCGCCACCGGCAUCCCGAACGUGCUGAACCAGCUGGGCAUGAGCGGCAGCUUCCUGCUCGGACCGUUGGUCGUCGCGCAGCCCAACAAGACGGCGCCGCUGCUGACACCACUUGUCAAUGCGAUGGUGAGCGAGGCGGCCGGCUGGAUUAAUCACCUGGUGGACGGAGCCAACUACACGAACGGCACCGGCCCUAGCCCCGACGACCUGCGCUCGGACAUCAUGAACCUCAUGUACAUCGACGCUGCCAUCUGCGCCCUGCUGUUCGUGCUGGUGCUGGCGUACUUCCCGUCGCGGCCGCCGCUGCCGCCCUCGCUCUCCGCCUCCACUAACACGGUCGGCUUCAAGGAGGGACUCUGCAUGGCGCUCAGGCACCCGGACCUCAUCUGCGUGGUGCUGACGUACAGCCUGUCCCAGGGCGUGAUGGGCGCCUGGUUCGGCGUCAUGGACAUCAACCUCCGGCCGCUGGGCGUCACUGAGAACGAGGCGAGCAUGAUGGGCAUGUGGGCCGGCAUCUCGUGCUGCAGCUUCGCGCUGCUGGUGGCCCGGCUGACCGACAUGUUCCGCGGCCACAUCAAGGCCACCAUCAUCUGCCUGCUGCUGGUCGGCUGCGCUCACUGGUGCUGGCUGCUGGCCAUCGUGGCUGGCUGGGCACCCUACUCCAUCGUGCACCUGUUCUGCUCCGUGCUGAUCGCCGUGUCCUGCACGUACGCCGCGUCGCCGCUGCUCUUCGAGUACGCAUCCGAGAUCAGCUACCCUGUGCCCGAGGAUGUGGUCGGCGCCAUCAUGAGCUUUUGCUUCAACAUGGUCGGCAUGCUCUACCUCCUGUUCUUCCUUAACCGCCGGCUGGCCGAGCGCACUGUGUGGCUCAACUACUGUCUGGUGGCGGCCACGGCCACGCCGUUCGUGCUGAUGAUGAAGACGCGCUCGGUGUAUCGCCGCUCGGCCGUCGACGCCACCUCGGCGGCGGCCGCCAUCACCGAGUCCGUGUCCGGCUACCAGCCGCUCUGAGCGUCGCCACCGCCGGCCACCGCAGGCGGGCUGGCCGGCACGUCUGGGCGACACGCGAGGCGGGGCGCCGUCCCCUCGCCCGCGUCGGUGGCGGUGUCCGCGGACGGGCUGCGCGCGGCCCGCGGCGCGGGAUGCGGUGCGGCUGUGUUGUGCUCGGGGACAGGAGGUUCGGACGCUGUCCGCUGGUGGCAGAAGCUGUAGGUUAGCCGGAAGGGCGCGGAUUGCACGCACUCGUGACUGCCUCGAUCGCUUCUCGCCUGUUUCAGGGACCCCCCCCCC